AUGCCACCGCCCGCAUCCGAGUCGAAGCCAGUACCACGGUCCGAGGAUACAUUAUCAGAGAGGCUUUCGUCUCUAGAAAAUCAAGCGCGCUGGCAAAAAGAAUCAGAUACCUUGUUGGAAGACCCGCCGGUGAAGGGGAAGGCGCCGGAGAGUUCGGAGACAGGACCGGAGCUGUCGGGAAUUGAAGCGCAAGAACGUCUCCAAGAAGAACCAAGAGCGACACUCAGAAAGGAUGAUACUUCAGAUUCCAUAAAUCGUGUACCUGAUGAACAAUUGCCAUCACACCGGGAGAGGCAGAGAUGGGACUUUUCCAAGCGUUUCUCGGAUUUUAUGGAUGACCUGCUGCCCAAACUGGCAGUCGUGACGCAAAAGGUCAACACAUACACUGGCACCGACUACUCGGGUGUUGCCGCCCUGAGGAGAGAGAUCAAGGAGCAAGAGAACCUUGUCAAGACCCGCCGCCGUGCGAUAGAUACUGCGAAGCAGGCUCUUGACAUCACGCUCGCCCACCAAGCCUCAUCCCAAAAGGAAGUGGUUGCUCUUCUCGAGCGCAAGCACUCGUGGGCCGCCGGUGACCUCGAACGUUACAUGUCUCUCAUUCGCUCAGAACACAUCAACGACCAGGCAGUUCGCGAAGCCAAGGAAGCUGUUGACAGUUCUGAAAGCGCGUUGGAAGAAGCAAGAAGCCAACUUGAGAAAAGAGAGCGGGCCCAAUACCAUGAGGAGCAAAUCUGGAGUGAUACCAUUCGCAGGAACAGUACCUGGGUUACCUUUGGGCUUAUGGGCGUCAAUAUCUUCCUGCUGCUGCUCAGCCUCGCGAUCCUCGAGCCCUGGAGGAGGAGGAGAAUGGUGAAGGAGAUCAAGAAUGCGUUGGAGGCACACAAGACGGCUAUGGAGGCAGUACCUGCCCUUGCCCCUACCCUUGUGGCGACACCAGCACCCGGUUCGGGAAAGGAAGACCUGACAGGAAUUGAUAAGGUUUUCGACGAAAAUGCACCAGUUCAAACUACGACGCCUGCACCUGCCGUCACUGAAGCGAUCAUCGAAGCGUCACCCCCGGCAGGCACGGGCGAAGCAGUGAAUGCAGAACCCAGCUCAGUCUCGGAUGCUAUCCCAGAAGAACUCGUCGAGCCAACCCCGGACCCAGCAGUUCCUGGUGCUGCGCCUCUCACACUAGAUGAGGCAGAACUUUCGCCGCAGGCAAGUAUCAACAUUGCCGAAGAAGCGUCGACGAGUGACGGCGUAGAAACCAAGCUCCAGAGCUGGCACGAGAAGGUCACCGCUGUGGUUCAGGAUGUCGUCAGCGACCGGGUCAUAUCAAUUCGCCGGGUCGACUAUACUACGGCUAUCCUUCAGGGUGCCGCAGCCGGAGCGGUCAUCACGGCAGCCAUCAUCGCCAUGCUGAGGCCGAAUUGA